AUGGAAGAGAGCCGAUACAUCACCACUGGAUGCAUGGAGAAGAGUCUGCAGAUGGUGUGUUGGUUCGCCCACGAUCCAAACUGUGAGGAAUUCAAGUACCACUUAGCUAGAGUUCCUGAUUACAUGUGGCUGGCGGAAGACGACAUGAAGAUGUUGGGCAUCGGAAGUCAGCUUUGGGACAGUGUUCUCGCGACUCAAGCGAUUAUCUCAACCGGGAUGGUAGAGGAAUACGGAGACUCUCUGAAGGAGUCUCAGGUGAAUCAGAAUCCCAAGGGGGAUUACCCGGCCAUGUAUCGUCACUUCACUAAAGGCUCAUGGACUUUCUCCGAUCAAGAUCAGGGAUGGGCCGUCUCCGACUGCACCUCUGAAGCACUAAAGUGUCUGCUCAUGCUGUCGAAGAUGUCUACUGAAAUUGCCGGAGAUAAGGCUGACGCUGCGCGCUUGCACGAGGCUGUCAAUGGGCUACUUUAUUUGCAGAGUCCUUUGAGCGGCGGAUUUGCGAUAUGGGAGCCGCCAGUUCCGCAGCCGUAUCUGCAGAUUUUGAACCCUUCGGAGAUCUUUGCAGACAUCGUGGUCGAGUCAGAGCAUGUGGAGAACACUGCUUGUAUAAUCCAAGCACUGAUCUCGUUCAACCGUUUGUACCCGGGGCAUCGAACCAAUGAGAUCGAGGCCUCUGUUGCACAUGCAUUGAAGUUUCUUGAAGGAAGGCAACGGCCUGAUGGUUCAUGGUAUGGAUACUGGGGAAUUUGCUUCUUGUACGGAACGUGCUUCGUCUUGGGAGGACUUGCUGCAGCCGGGAAGACGUAUGAGAGCAGCGAAGCAGUGCGAAAAGCUGUGAAUUUCUACUUGACAACACAGAAUGAGGAAGGUGGAUGGGGAGAAAGCCUUGAGUCUUGCCCAUGCAUGAAAUACAUUGCAUUGGAGGGCAACCGAACGAAUUUGGUUCAGACGUCAUGGGCAAUGCUCGGUCUCAUGUAUGCCGGAGAAGCAGAGAGAGAUCCGAAACCUCUACACAGAGCAGCAAAGCUGUUGAUCAAUGCACAAAUGGACGAUGGAGAUUUCCCUCGGGAGGACAUAACAGGGGUGUACAUGAAGAACUGCAUGGUGCAUUACGCGCAAUACAGGAAUAUAUUCCCACUCUGGGCGUUGGGAGAGUAUCGUAAACGAGUCUGGUCAUCACGAUGCUCGUAA